ACAUCGUCAGCGGGAAAUUUGUUGACAUUUCUUAAUUCUGUGUUCUCCGAUCCAACAUCAAGACUAAAUCAUGGAUGCGUCAAAGCGAUCUCUCUACGAACCAGCACCGCUUUACAGUGAAAAAGAAACAAGGAGACCACUGGCCCAGGGACGUCUCACAAAUGAUACUGUUCUCCCAGAGAGUCUGACAGUGUAUGCCUCGCCCUCAGUACUUGCUUCAGACCCAGACACAGUUGCAAGAAUAUCCCACAAUGCUUCUUCAGGAUUUGGUGAAAGUGCGAUGACCCCAGCUCGUCACUCCAUGGCUAGUCUCAACCUCAGCCACCGCACCCCAUCUUUAUCAAGUGAUAUCUCCACAUCACUGUCGAGGAGUUCACCCACUCAUCAUCGCUAUGCAGUAGACAGGAGUUACUCCCCUCCGAGGUCUCCUUCCAAGCCCUCUCCAUCUGACUUCCUGGAACUAUCGGACUCGGACAGAGAGUAUCGUCAUACGCCUCCAACCAGGUACCAUCAUGCAUCACCAGGGUCUCCUGUCCUUCUGGUCGAUGCCAGCGGUCAUCGUUAUGGAGAGGGUCAGGCGGAGGUCGAGGUCAGGACGGCCAGUAUGUCAUCCCCAGCAAAGGUCAUCUGCCACACCCUGUCCAGCUUGGACAAUGACAUCAGAAACGCGGGAUACACAGAGGAAGCGGCCAGGGUACAUAUCGACUCGGUUCCCUCGGUAACCAUCCUCGCUGACGCAGAUUCCAGAGAAGGGGCUUCCGUGGAGCUCGACCAGCACACGCAGCACGGUCUCCCAGGGCAGAGCCCCGAAUCACCCGUCAUCUCGCGGGAAUCAUCCAUGGCUUCUCAUAGUCAUAGGCAUGGGGAUACUGAUUCCACAGCUAGCACCCUCAAACCAAACGAGACGUCAUCCCAACAGGUUUCCCAGGAUGCAAUGAAUGACCUCACAUCUGAAUCGGAGCGCCCAGGCACUGCUAUGAGCGUCGAUGACCAUAGAGGCAGUGAAUCAACCAAGAAAAAGAAAAAAGUCAAAGGGAAAUUCGUCCAGUCCAGAUACAUGCAGAGUCAAGCCAAACCUGCAGCAUCAGAACCCAACAUCAGCAUGACCGGAGCCAGGCCUAACAUGAGUGGAACCAGAUCCAAUAUCAGUGGAACAGGGGCCAGGUUCAACACAAGUGGUGCUGGAGCCAGGUCCAAUGCAAGUGGCACUGGAGCCCGACCAGCCAACGCUGGUACAACCGGUGUGAAAUCGACAAGACCAGGGUCAAGCAGAGUCAGGUCUAGUAGUAGUCGAACCAACAAUAUCUCCGUCAAAAGGACAGACAGAUCCAAGAGCACCAGUGAAAAAUCAGUCCCAAUGCGAGCUACAAGGUCCUUCGCCCCUGCACCGUCCACCACCACCACCGGUCCUGCCGUCGCCUCCCACCACCAUAAGCCACACCCCUCCACCGAUGGGGACAGUCAGUUCAGCACCCCAGUCACAGCCAAGAAGGGCAAGAGGUUUGCCUCCACACCUGCUGUUAACACCUCUAUACUUCCUGGUGCCUCCCACAUCAAUGCUUCAGCUAUUGGGGCAAGCACAUCCAUCCUUGGGGCCAAUAUGUCUGCCAUUGCUCAUGUUGAUUCUUCCAAAUUGAUGGGAGAUAAGAUGAGAGAUUCCCAUGACAUGAGAGACAGGUCAAGACGAGAGAGAGGUAUGUCUGGAGACAUGACGGGACCGUAUUCUGGACUCUCAGUCUCACCAAACCACGACUCUGCGUACAGCUCUCUUGGACACAAGCAGGUAAAGAAGUUGACUCAGUCAGACUUAGACGUGAUGUAUGCCAGAUACAUACAGGCUGUAUACCUGGAUUCAAAGAUGAAAAAGAUUGUUGCAGACAAAGAGAAAGAAACCAGGAAGCAGAUGUAUGGCAUGUGGCAUUUGAAUGAAGAAAUGUACAGGAAGAAAGCUCAAUUAGAACUGAAGUUAGCCAGACUUAAGCAUGCUAACACACUAGAUCAACAUCUAGAUAUACAGGAAACUGGUCUAGGCCCAGUCACUGCUAACCUGGCUCAGUUCAAGCAGGAACACAGCACCUUGGCCCACGCUCUGGACACCACACGACACCAGGUGGAAAUGACGGAUAUCUUACUCCCGCAAGACAAAGAUGCCUAUCAUGAUGCACUGGAGAGAGUGCUGAGCGAGAGUGAGCAUCUGUUGGGUGAGAUCUCCAUGGCAACGCGAAACAAGCAACCCAGAGUGGAGGCCUUCUCAUCAGCCAUCAGUAUGCUGGAGAAUACAGUAGCUAGUGAGAGUGAAGAGCUAAGGAGAUGCCAAGAGCUUUUGGCUGCCACAUCAUCGUUAGCAACACAUGAAACAUCGCUGAGGGUUCAGGAUUUAGAGCAACGUUCUGAAUGCUGAGUAGCUAAAGUUUGAUGUGAUCAUGCGGAGAAAAUUACGGACAAUUUUGAGAGGCUUGUGUGAUACAGUAAACCUACAGAAGGUGGAGGCGCUGUUAAACACUCCAUUGGAUGGCCAUAGUUUGCAGAGUGCAUAGGAGAGUGUCUGAACUGUAAGACUAUUCAGACUGCAUGGUCUACUGCACUAUAUAGGCCUUGCGCUACAGCUACUUCUAUCGGACACAGCCAGAAUAGAGUCUGACAAAAUUAGGCUUGGCUCAAGGCUUUUGGUCACGUGACUCUCAUUGACAAGUCAAGAAAGUGCACUACUCACCAAAGAAUCGGAAUGAGCAAACACAGACGUCUUUCCAGCAGUGUAAAUGAGAGUCCAAAAAUUUGAUGAUUUUUCAAAAUGGUGUUUGUGCUGCUGUAAAUUGGCCUAUAGACGUGGUUUAAAGAGAUUGGGUAACUUUGUCUCAGAUUCUGAAAAAAAAUCCUGGAUUUAGCUCAUGCUGCAAUGAUAAUUAUAAACCUG